CCCAUCACAAGACUCUACCAGAAAGUAAAUAUUGAAGAUGUCGAGUCUAGCGUCCUUCCAAAAAGCCAGUGAAGUGGCCGCCCUUGUCGUAACAGAGCACGGACCAGAGACGGCCGCUAAUUUGCAAGCCGCAGUCUCGAGACACUUCGGAACCGUCCCGCUGUCGGCGGUUGCCGCUCAGUACUCUGCUUCGGGAGAUUUGUCAAAAAACGACGCCCUCAGUGCUGGUAUUUGGACAGCGCAGGACGCCAUCCACACUGUGCUCAACGACUUGAAUAUCGUGAGUCAGUACGUGCAUCUCACGAUUCCCAAAAUGGAAGACGGCAACAAUUUUGGCGUGACGGUCCAGCUAACAGCCCUCAAGCAAAUGUCGGACGCAAGUGAAGCCUUGACCAAGCAUCUCGAUGAGCUCGCCAAGUACGCCAGUGCGCGAGCGGACGCCUUGGAAAAAUGCAAGUUACCCGGUAAGAGUGUCACUACCAGCGAGAGCACUUCCAAGAGUAACGCGGAUGGAAAGUCGGCAGAAAAGGGGGAUGUGUCGAGUUCGGAAACCAAAACUUCGAGUGAAACCAAAACUACCUCUACUACUACUGAAGCUGUCGAUUUGGCGUGGCGUAUGCAAUCUGUUACCCAAGUGGAUGUCUUGUUUUAUAGCAAAGCGAAGGCAGCGUUGCAGGGAGCGUUGAUGCAAUACCUAAUGGCCCUUGACUUCAUGGACAAAAACGCCGAAAAAAUCUCGGCGCCCAAGGGACACCAAGGAGGCGGUACAGCGUACUCCAGUAUGUAUUAGUUAGAGAUCAACAAUUCUUUUACCUCUUUUCGUCUUGUUUAAGAUUGCAGAAACCUUUUGUAGUCUGCAUCACCUUAAGAGAACAUUCAUGUCCUUU